AUGGCUGCGAAGCACUGCAACCUGCGCGCAGCGCGCAGCGCGCUGCACACGCUCAAUGGGCCUUGGCUGCUUGCAGCUAAUCGUCAGCGCCGUUGGCAACCAUCUAGACCUCCUAGGCCAUCUGACUUUGCCUGCAUCGGGUCCGCUGCAGCAUCCUCGGCGAAUCGCCGUCGUCCGCUGACCCUCCUCCUCCACCAACCUUGUCCAACGCCCACGCGCGCCAUGACAACCGGCCGAGUGCAAUUGAGUGCUCCAUUGCCAAACCGCGACGCUUCCUGCGCCGUCUGCACCAUCCGCAACUCUCGCCUACCGUUGAAACAAAGAGGAAACAAUCUCGCCCAGCAAGCACUCCGCGGCGACACAGCCGACAGAAGCACCAGCACUCCCCAUGUUCGGAACCGCAGUGGCUGUUGCGAGACGAGCUCCCGGUCGCCCAUCGGAUCCGGGCACUUACGGGACGCUCCUUGGUGGCUGAUCCUCCCACGUGUAUCGAUAUUUCAUGCUGUUUCUCCAUGCCCUGUCCCGGUUGUCAGCAGACAAUGGCGAGACUCUUCCGCUGUGUGGCAUUUAGCCAUCAUGUCGACUCCGAUGCCGACGUCAUAUCCCACGCUCUUGUAUUACAUAUGUUUGUACGUACUAUGUAGUAUGCGCGAUAUCCAAGUAUUGACUGAAAUCCCCCACGACGGGUGA